CGUCCGGGGCGCCCUCCAGCAUGCGCCGCGCCGUGGAGCGACCCACUCGCGUUCCCGCCGCAAGAGCCAGGCUCCGGCGGCGGGGGCGGCGGUGGUGGGGGCGCCAGGAGGAGCAGCAGCAGCAGCAGCAGCGCCAGGGAGCCUGAGAAGCCGGAAUCACGCGUGGCGUGUUCUCCUACUCCCACGCGUGUUUUCCCCAACCCCCCCCGUGGAACGUCUCCCCCGCCUCCGAGGAUGGACAGCCGCCUCCUGGAGCACCCCCACGCCCCCUUCGGCGGGAUGGUGGGCUUCCCUUACCCGCUGGGCCACCCCCACGUCUACGAACUGGCCGGGCACCAGCUCCAGGCCGCAGCUGCCGCUGCCGCCGCCGCCUCCGUGCCCUUCUCCAUCGACGGAUUACUCAACGGCUCCUGCGCCGCCGCCGCCGCCUCCGUGGUCAACCCCACGCCGCUCCUGCCGCCGCCGCCCCACGGCUGCGGGGUCAACGGGGAGGGGCCCGGGCAGCCCUACAAGCUCUCCGACUCUGUGGAUCCGGAUAAGGAGAGUCCUGGCUGCAAAAGGCGCCGGACCCGGACCAAUUUCACCGGCUGGCAACUGGAAGAACUGGAAAAAGCCUUCAACGAAAGUCACUACCCGGACGUGUUUAUGAGGGAGGCGCUGGCGCUGAGGCUCGACUUGGUGGAAUCCAGAGUUCAGGUCUGGUUCCAGAACCGCCGGGCCAAGUGGCGCAAGAAGGAGAACACCAAGAAGGGCCCUGGCCGGCCGGCCCACAACUCCCACCCGACGACGUGCAGCGGGGAGCCCAUGGACCCGGAGGAGAUCGCCAGGAAGGAGCUGGAGAAGAUGGAGAAGAAGAAGCGGAAGCACGAGCGGAAGCUGCUCAAGAGCCAGGGCCGGCCCUUGCCCUCCCCGGGGGGCCUCUCCCUGCCCAGCAGCACCCAGAGCUCCGACAGCGACGGGGGCGGAGGGGGCCUCUCCCCGGACCCGCCUUGCGAGGUCGCCAAGCCUUCCUCUUCCUCCUCCUCUUCCUCUUCCCUCCACCUGCCCAGGCCGGGCACUUGCGACCUCACGGCGGCCUCGGCCUUCUACCCGCAAAAGGACAACUCGGAGGUCGCCCCGCUUCCGCCCCCUCUUCCUCCUCCUCCUCCUCCUUCCUCGGGGAAGCCCAACCCCUUCAGCGUGGAGAGCCUUCUCUCGGACUCGCCCCCGCGCAGGAAAGCCCCCUCCUCGGCCCCCAACCCGGCCCUCGCCUCCCCCUGCGCCCCCGCCGCCGCCCGCGCCCUCCUGGGCAAGGGCCACUUCCUCUUGUACCCCAUCACCCAGCCCCUGGGCUUCCUGGUGCCCCAAGCCGCCCUCAAGAGCCACGAGGGCGCCCCCUUGCCCCCCCAGGCCCACCCGCGGGGAUCCCCCUUGCCCGCCGCCAACCCCAGCCCCGACCCGGCCCAGCCCCGCAGCACCACCACGCUGGAGAGCCUCGAAGGAGCGGCCCCGAGGAGGAGGAGGACGACGCCUUCCCCUGCUUCCCCUUCUCCUUCCUCUCCCCCUCCGCCUCCACUUCCUCCUACUUCCCCUCCUCCUCCUCUUCCUCCCUCUUGCGACUCUUCUUCCCAGGUGGACAGUGGUCGCCCGCCUCUCCCCACGCGAGACCCGUCUCAGAGCCGCGACGCCGCCGCCUCCGCCGCCGCCGCCGAGAGCCACAGCAGCCACGCAGACUGUGAGGAAGUGGAUAUGGACUGAACGGGAGGGGUGCGGACACACGCGUGGGAGGGAAAAGUGGUGCGUGGGUACGGACACGCGGAAGGGGUGGACGCGCGGGGGUCUCGGGCGCGCCUGAGGGAGUGGACACGCGUGGGGGAAAGGGACACGCGUGGGGGAAAGGGCGCGCGUGGGGAGUUUUGGACCAAAAGCGUUUAGCAGGAACCCACCCCUCAAAAAGACCAGCUUCCCCCCCCCCCAGAUCUGCCUAAGGGAGUGGACACGCGUGGGGGAAAGGGACACGCGUGGGGGAAAGGGCGCGUGUGGGGAGUUUUGGACCAAAAGCGUUUAGCAGGAACCCACCCCUCAAAAAGACCAGCUUCC